UAUUGUGAACAUGUCAAAUGUAUUCACGACGCUUUGUAUAAAUUGAAUUCGUUUUUGGUUUGUUCUCUAGAACAUUUUUUUUUGCAAAAUCUUCAUCAGAAUGGACACCGAAACGGAAAAAUUGUGCUUAGAAGAAAUCGAUCAUCUGAUACUCGACACUGACAAAAAGGUUAGUCUUGUUACUAUCUCCAAUAAUUGGAAUGUGCCAAAUAAAGAUGGUGAGAUUAUUUUGGAGAAAUGGCUCAAAACCUACUCGGGUGACAGAAAAAUUGCAAAAGAAUACUUGAUUCGUGGUGUCGAUUUGAAUGGCAAUGUGAUUAUUACGGUCGUUUCCGAAAAGAAUCUAUCGAAAGUUGAAAAGAUGUGCCCAAAAUUCACCAAGAUAUUGUACAGUAUUGAAAUUGGCAGUCUAAAUGGUAAAAGUUUGAAUAUCACUGAACCUGCAUCGAACAAAUACGUCAGUUUGAAAUUGAAGAGCGCUAGACGAAAUAUCAAAGUGAAUCCAAUCAUUGUUGACAAAUCGAUAAAGAAAGAGGUAAUACCACCCAAAAAAGCCAAUCCAUUUGGGACAUUCCAAUCGAAAGCGUCACAAUCGAAAGAGGCCAAACCUGAUUCGGCAAGCAGCUCCAAAGAUGCAAAAGUAAAAGAGGAAAAAGUUAGCCCGAAGCAAUCGAGCCCAAAAAAGAAACAACCACCAUCGAAGGCACAACAAGGAAAAUCAUCAAUCUCUUCAUUUUUCGCAUCGAAACCCACAUCGUCGAAUGCAAGUAAGGCGGACAAAUUAGUUGCCGAUGCAACAGUCAAAGUCGAAAAAGUUCAAAUCAAAGAUGAACCAGUUGAUGUGAAUACAACAAACGAUACGAAAGCCACACAGAAGAGACCUCAUUCGAAUGCAAGCGAUUCGAAUGAUGAUUUCAAAGCGACUGAAAAGAAACAAACAAAGAAGAAGCCAAAAUUGGAACAAAAAUCAAAACAUUCACGAUUGAUGCAACUUUGCGAUUCAUCUUCCGAAGAAGACGAAGCGUCGAACAAUAAAGAUCGCUCGAUGGACAUCGAUGACGAGGAAUUAGUCGUAAAAAAAGAAAAAGAAAACAAAACACCAUCACCGGAAAAAACGAAAAGCAAUGGAACGCCGAAUGGAAGCUCAAGCGGUAAACAUCGCGCUAAAGUUAAGAAAACUAUUACAAAAACAUACGUAGAUGAAGACGGUUUCGUUAAUACGGUUAAAGAAGUGGAGGAGGUUAGUUGUUCAGAAGAAGAGGCCGAAGUGACAGCACCACCACCGAAAAAACCUGCUCCAACUAUGAAUCAAAGUACGGCAGCAACAACAAAGAAGAAAAUCUCACCACAGGAUGGCAAGAAACAAGGAUCAAUUCUAAGCUUCUUCUCCAAGAAAUGAAGCCAUAUAUAUAGUUAUUUUUGUUACAUUCACAUUUAUCUGUCCCACAUUCAUUGAAUAAUGUUUAAAUCGAAAUAAAUUUCAAGUGAAAAAACGUUUUACUUUCUCGAA